AUUCGGCCACAACCCACCUUCGAGAUGAUGCCCUACUCCGGCGAUCGCCGGCUCUCCCCGCCCCCGCAGCCGCACGCAACCCUCUCCUACCUCUCCCCCUCCGCCACGCCCUUCACCGUCACCCGUCCCCGCGACGCCAUCCCCGAUCCCAUCCCCAACGCCCCUGCUAACCCUAGCCCUUACCCCGAGCUCCCCACCGCGCCGUCGCUCUACGACUCCUGGGUCGAGCCUCCCGCGAGCUACAUGGAUCUGGAGGCCGGCGCGACCCCGGGGUUCAGAGGUUUUGCCAAUUCCGACGGGUUCCUGGUUUCUGGGAAUGCACAAAACAACAUGUACGCUGGGAAUCAUCUUGGUGCCUCCAUGCAGCCACUCCCCUUCGCAACAGGCAGCUUGGAGUGGAUGGAAGAGAAAUAUCCUGGAAUUUACCAAAGAACAUCAAAGGCCCCCUCGAGUGAUUUUGGAUCAGCAGCUGUUCCGCAGCCUUCUGUGUUUCCUAAUAUGUUUGGCAGCUUAGAUAUGGAACCCAUUUCUACACCUCAGCCUGUGAAUCAGUACUCACCGUAUUCUGCUUAUGGUAACUACACGUCUCAUCUUCCAUCAUGCUCAACAUAUCCAUUGAGUUACGACCUGUCCAUGCCAUCCGUCGCUGCCUCACCUGAAGUAGGUGCGGCAACAAAGCCAUUGUCGCCCACAACAGAUGGCCAUGUAUUGGAGAACACAUUUCAUGCGCCAUAUGCGAACCCUUGCAGAUUAAAUCUUGACUAUUUUGAUACCAUACAGAAUGAGCAGAAAGAUCACUUUGGAUAUGAGACUUCUUACUGCGACCGGAGUAGCUCUGGUAAUGGUAAGCGAAUAAUGGGAAGCCAUCCAUCCAGUAGAUGUGGAGUUGGUGAGAAUCAUCUUCUGGGUGAGAGUUCAGAAUCUGGGAGACCUGUUCAGCCUGAAACCUAUCAACUUAGUAGACACGGAGUUGGAGAGAACUAUCUUUUGGGUGAGAGUUCUGAAACCAGGAGACCUUUGCAGCCUUCAUCAGAAGCGAAAUCUGGUUUGAAUAACUUACAAGCAUCAUGUUCCAAAGUCUCUCCGUCCGAAUACUCAUUUCCUCAGCCUCGUGAACUUUUCAUCGAGUCACCUGAGGUAAAUAACCCAGUUGUUGAUUCUCCAUGUUGGAAAGGGACACCCACUGCACAUGAGCCAGCAUUUGGUGUUGUGAAUGAUGAAGCUUCUUAUUUUGCUAGUGGCUCAGUUGACCCGCCUGAUUUGCACCAAGGCAGGAAGCUUUCUGAAUUUAGUGCUAAUAAUUCUGUGGUACUUCCCAAGUGUCAUGAUACAUCAAAUCCCGAGAAUGAUCUGUCCGUACCUGAUUACCUAUAUUACCUUUCAGCGUUCAGCCUGCCCUCAGGGUGUAGUAAGUCUGAAGGUCAUGAUGAUAAACAACCAUCCAAUGUUGGAGAUGUCAGUGGUAUGGAAAAGUCUAACCACAGUCAUUUAUCUGUUGACCAGGGCCACGUGACCUGGUGUAAGACAGGAGGCGAUUCUGGAAAUUUGGUAACACCAGGUCAACAGGGAAAUGUUUUUCUUGCAGAAAACACAAUUGAACCCAUGUUAGGCAGAAAUGGUGGCAGUCAUCUUGUGAGUACAAGUGAAGAAUCUGGCAAAGUUUCAAACAAUGUUAGUGCAGCUCCAAUUGCACAGGUUAGGAGUUUGACAAAAGAAAGUCUGCAAGAAAUUACUCGUGCCCAUAAAGCUGCGUCAACAUGGGCAAAUCUGCACUCAAAAAUGCCUAUGAACAAAGGUCUGGAGCAUUUAACCCAUUGCAGCACAGGUGUUGAGGAGACGGUGAAGAUAUCUUCAGACAAAGUCACCUGCAGAUCGAAGAGUCAAGAAGAAUUAAUCAAGUCAAUUUAUAAUUUCUCAGUAAUGCUUCUGUCUUCGUGCGAUGGUGGUUAUCAGUUAAAGGAAUCUGAACAUGCACUUGUUCAGUCUGUGAUACAAAAUCUCAGUUCUCUGAAAUCCAUGAUAAGCAAGGCUUCAUUUAAAUCUGAUGAUGUUACUAGCAACUGCUGCCAAAUGAAGUCAGAAAAAAUAAAGUGUAAUAGAAAGAAUCAUCAGCCUGAGAAGCUUGCUGGCUUUGAUUGGGAGAACAUUGGCACAGAUUUCAAAACAGUUAUUUUGCAGGACCUUGCUAAGCUUCCAGAGGAGAACCUGGAUGGUGAUACCAAAGAUGCACAAAUAUACAAGAAUCUUUGGAUCGAAGCGGAAGCUUCUACAUGUAAACUCAAGUAUGAACUGCAACUUGCCCGCAUGAAACUUGCAACGAAAAACCACAGUCAGCAAACAGCUACAACACCUACUGAUUCAUUAGGAGAAGCGAAAGCCUCUAACUUGUGCAAACCUGAGAACUCAUUAUGUACUGGAGAGAGUGAUGAUUCUAGCAAACAACAAAACCCUGUGAAAGAAAGCCAUAUCCAUAACGCGACGUUACUACCUCAGAGAGGUGUUGCUGAUGUCUUUGCUCGACUGAAAGUUCUGAAGCUCCGUGAUGAGAGUAUAAAUUGCUUCCAUGAGGCCAAUAGUGAGCUGCAGACCGAGAGAAGCAAGUAUAACAGGACAGACGCUGUUGAUGACACUGUUUUUGAUAAUGAUGUCGACGCUAGGAUAAACUCUUUUGUGGAGGACAUCAUCAAAGAGCGUCCGGAAUCAAGUAGCAGUGAAGGCGACGAGGCCGAUGGUGCUACUACUGCUGCACUUAAUGUUUUUCUGAGCUGUAAUAACAACACAAGCUCAUUGGACAAGGACACCAACAUUGAGCAGCCAGAAUCUAGUGAAAGCAAAACUCAUGGUGCCUUCAUGGCUAAGCUUAAAGAUUUGUUGUCCUGCAGUGACGAUCUAAGCUCGUCAAGUGAGGUUAAUGCUUGUCAGAUCCAAACAGCGAGCGAACAUGAAUCUAGUCAAUUUGGUCAGCUUGAAGAUGGUGUCAUGGCCAGAUUGCAAGUACUGAAAAGACGUAUAGAUAACACUAGCAGCAUGGAGGGACAGGAGGUAGUAUAUGAUUCCGAUGAUUGGGUGGGCCACUUCGAAAGGAAACCAUUUGGUUGUGGAGCGCAUGAUGAGCUAAUUGAGAAGACUUGUAUGUUUGAUGAUGCUGAGUUCAGAGCUUUAUCUGAUGAAGCAGAUAGCAAAACUACAACCCAAUACGUCGGUUCAUUGCUUGAAGAGUGUCAUGUUCCCUCAGCACCAGCCGAGCCUGCAACUGUUCAUUUGCAUGACGAGCAGUUAAGCCACUCGCCAUCAGCAUGGGAGCAUGUGCUGAAGGAGGACUUUUCCUCCCAGGGAAGCCUUUGA